AUGUUUUCAGAAGAACACGGCACUUCGGCGACUGCCAACGGCUCCCAAGAGCAGCAGAUUACACAUUCAGACGGCCCUCUCACCCCCAGCUUCAAUGCGUCUUCCACUACAGGCCCGCAGAGUUCUGCGCUUAUUACUCGCCUCGAACUACUCUCUACCCGCGUUCCAGAUUUCUAUAUUGCCCCGUUUUGCGGUGCCAGUGCAGGUGUAGCGUCGGGUAUUGUGACAUGCCCUCUCGAUGUGAUCAAGACCAAGUUGCAAGCCCAAGGUGGGUUUGUCCGAAGAGGUGGGCAGGUGGUCGAAGCGAAGGCUUUAUACCGAGGUAUGCUGGGUACUGGAAGGAUGAUAUGGCGUGAAGAUGGUAUUCGAGGACUAUACCAAGGUUUAGGCCCCAUGAUUUUGGGAUAUUUGCCUACAUGGGCUGUUUAUUUGGCAGUUUAUGAUAGGUCUCGAGAGUAUUAUCAUGAAGUCACUGCAGAUAGUUGGUGGCUUGCAAGAGGUUAUGCUUCUCUAACGGCUGGCGCUUGCUCUACGAUUGUGACUAAUCCGAUUUGGGUCAUCAAAACGAGACUCAUGUCACAGAGCCUUAGAUCAGAUAGCGAGGGCUUCCGUGCUCCAUGGCGGUACUCCGGCACGUGGGAUGCGGCUCGCAAGAUGUAUAAGACCGAAGGAAUUCGGUCAUUUUACGCGGGGCUCACACCGGCAUUGUUGGGAUUGACACACGUUGCCAUACAAUUUCCGCUUUAUGAAUACUUGAAAAUGGCAUUUACUGGGUAUGGAAUCGGGGAACAUCCUGACAACGGUACUUCUCACUGGAUUGGGAUAUCGUUGGCGACAUUCCUCAGUAAGAUCUGUGCGAGCACUGUGACCUAUCCCCAUGAGGUACUGCGCACGAGACUUCAAACCCAACAGAGAACGUCACCUGUGUCUUCACCGGAAGAGAUCGCUUUCCGCGGAGGAGUAGACCACCCAGAGAGCCGUGGUAGGCCUCCAACAGCGGCCUCAUCGGAUGGCAUGCCUAACCGGCCUCGGUAUACAGGGAUCGUUCGUACGUGUCAGACUAUCUUGAAAGAAGAGGGUUGGCGAGCAUUUUACUCGGGAAUAGGCACGAACUUAUUCCGUGCUGUUCCGGCCGCAAUGACCACCAUGCUUACAUACGAAUAUCUACGGAAAACCAUUAGCCACUUGCAACACGAAGGGGCAUUAAAGCAGCAGAUGGCAGAAGAAGCUGAAGACUCUGCCGGUAUAUGA